UAGUUAACGUUACGGGCUUAGGGCACUUUCAGGUUAUGCCUUUCGUUCUUCCUCUUCCGGUAGCAAUUUCUCUCUGUUUGAUCUUUCGCCAUGGAUGAUUCUCAUACCAGUCUUCCUACCAGCCAUUUACUGGGUUCAGUUCCUGCUGUGAUCAUUGAAGAUAAGAAAACCACUAACUAUCAGGUCCCUGAGGCAAACUUGCAAAUAUUUCCUCCCACUGAUGGAGGAGAUAGAGGGAGGGGAUAUCAAACUCUUGGAAGUACAAAUGGAGAUGAACAACAAGCGACAAAUGGUUGGAAGGGAGUGUUUUGUGUUUCGUCAUACACACAGUAUUUCAAUGUGGAUACUGAUAUUGUUCUUGAAAGAAUUAUAAGUUCUUUGAAUCCUCUUGGGGGAAACUUUUUCAGCAAGAUUGAUGCUAACCCUGACCUUUAUGGGCUGAUUUGGAUUUCCACCACGUUGGUCAUUGUGCUUGCUUCGCUUGGGAACUGUGCCACCUACCUGAUGCGCAAACGAAAUGAUAGCAGCACAUCCUGGAGCUUUGACGUCAACUUUCUGAACUUGGCUGCCUGUGCAGUGUAUGGUUAUGCAUUUCUGGUGCCUUUGGCAUUUUACUUUUUGAUUCAGCAUCUUGGAUCAAGUGCAAGCCUUGUUCGUUUCUGGUGUAUGUGGGGAUAUUCUCUCUUCAUCUUUAUCCUCAGCUCUAUUCUGUUGCUAAUCCCUGUUGAGAUCCUUCGGUGGAUCAUUAUAAUUCUCACCGGUGUGGCUUCAGCUUCCUUUGUUUCUCUAAACAUAAAGUCUUUCAUCGAGGCAACUGAUCUCAUGAUAGUGGUGGUGGCAGCAUUUGUUUUGCAAGUUGCUCUAGCACUUUUCAUCAAGAUCUGGUUCUUCCCAUAAAUCUCAGAUGCUAUACUCAAAGGUGGGUAUUAAUAUCCUGAAAGAAAAAGAGAAUUAAAAAGAUGGCAUCCAAUAGGGCGAUGGUUGCUACGUUCAUGUUCAACUUUGUAUUGUAAGUCCAGUGAAGGAAUCAGGGAAGCCAAAAGAGACGAAAUUACACUGACAAACACUGGGUGUUGAUGAUAUUCAAGUAAUGUCUCAGGUGGUUGUUUGAUUGAAUGGUCACUGUUUUAGUGUUUGAUAAUUAGAAUUAAAAACUUAAAAUGAUGUUUUAGUGUUUGAUACAGAGAAAUGAAAUCAAGCUCCAAUAUACUUCAGGGCACUUGUGAAAUUUAUAGUCUGGCAAGGCAGUAUAAAUAUAAAUAUAAUGUCAAGUU